AAUACAUAGCGCACCUCUGCUCCCGCCGCAAUCACACACCUUCUCUCUGAUCAAUCUCCCAUAUCUUCUGUCUUCUCUGCUUGCGAAACCAAUUCCGACCACCUGACGGAAGUACAAACAGUGAAAUACCCCUAUCGUUGGUUGCGCCUCCACUUAGACAGUCACUAUUUUGUUAGAAGACUCUUCUCGAUCGUCCCCCACCUCACCGCCUCCUUUCACCGACGUGCGCACGAAAGCCCCUCGAAACCCAAAGAGAAAGAUCGAGAACCGAGUGUCACGUCUUUGCUUUUACUCACAAAACAUCCACAAUGGCCACACGACCGCAGAAUAUUGGCAUCAAGGCCAUUGAGAUCUAUUUUCCCAGCCAGUGCGUUGAUCAGAGCGAGCUUGAGAAGUUCGAUGGCGUUGCGGCCGGGAAAUACACCAUUGGUCUGGGACAGACCAAAAUGUCCUUUUGCGAUGAUAGAGAAGAUAUCUAUUCCAUUGCUCUCACGACCCUCACAAGCCUGAUCUCGAAAUAUGGCAUCGACCUCAAGAAUAUUGGACGCCUUGAAGUCGGCACAGAGACCAUGCUCGACAAGAGCAAGAGUGUAAAGUCCGUCUUGAUGCAGUUGUUUGAAAAAUCCGGGAACUUCAAUGUCGAAGGAGUCGACGCCUACAAUGCUUGCUAUGGCGGUACAAAUGCGGUCUUCAACUCCGUUAACUGGAUCGAGUCUUCAGCCUGGGACGGACGUGAUGCCAUGGUCGUUGCUGGCGACAUUGCCCUCUACAAGAAGGGCAACGCUCGUCCAACCGGCGGUGCUGGCUGUGUUGCCAUGUUGAUCGGUCCAGAUGCUCCUCUCGCGUUCGAGGCUGGUCUCCGAGGGUCAUACAUCACCCACGCCUACGACUUCUACAAACCUGAUCUCACCAGCGAGUAUCCCUAUGUUGAUGGCCAUUUCUCAUUGAGAUGCUACACAGAGGCCGUGGAUGCUUGCUACAAGGCAUACAAUGCGCGAGAACGGGCACUGAAGGGCCAGGCCAACGCGGCUGCGGUCAACGGUCAUGCUAUCAAUGGCAACGGAGCUCACAGCGAGGAGACCGAGAAAGCUCCCUUGGACAGAUUCGACUACAUGGCUUUCCAUGCCCCGACUUGCAAACUUGUCUCCAAGUCAUACGCUCGUCUCCUAUACAACGACUUCUUGGAAGACCCAAGCCACGCACUCUUCAAGGAGGUUGCCCCUGAACUGCGAGACCUAGAUUACCAAGCCUCCUUGACAGACAAAAAUGUCGAAAAGACAUUCAUGGGCUUGACUAAGAAGCGAUUUGCGGAACGUGUUCAACCAGGAAUCGAGGUUGCGACCUUAUGUGGAAACAUGUACUGUGGCAGUGUGUAUGGAGGUCUGGUCAGUCUGAUCAGCAAUAUCGCGCCUAAGUCGAUGCAAGGUAAACGGAUAGGUGUCUUCAGCUAUGGCAGUGGUCUAGCCAGUUCCAUGUUCAGUUUGAAAGCCGUUGGCGAUACAACUGAGAUGGCGCAGAAGCUAAAUCUGCAAGAACGACUGAACGCCCGCCGUGUUGUGGCCCCCGAGGUUUAUGACGAACUGUGCAUGCUCCGAGAAAAGGCUCACCUGAAGAAGGAUUUCAAACCAGCGGGCAAGGUCGAGGAUCUGGUCCCAGGAACAUAUUACCUCACCGAGGUCGAUGACAUGUUCCGCCGCAAAUACGAGAUCAAAGCAUGAGGGAAUUGUGUCAUUUUUGCAGCAGACAUAUCGUUUCAUGUCAAGGCGUUGGGUUUGGAUUGGUCCAUGCGGUCAGAGACUCCUUUGACAGGAGACUUCGGGCAUAUCGAACGGUGUUUCAUAGGGAAGAAACCGAGGUGCGUCAUAGACCUGCAAGAGCUUUGUACAUAUGGGAGGAGUUGGUGGUUCUGAACAGGAAACCAUCAGUCAUCAAUAGUAAUGAUCGCCGAAAAGAUAUCAAUGAUGCAUUCACUUUUUCUACUAUCUCUGCAUAU